CCUAAAUUCAGAUUGGACGUGUGUCUCUCAUUGUUCAGCGUUUCUAUUGUUCCUUACAGCAGCUUACGUGACUUCACCAUCAUCAGAGACAGAAACCUUCGUCCCUCCUCAUACUGGGGUGACCGAAACGUGUGUGACCUCAGAGCCACCAUCAGUUACAAACACAGUCUGCAUACUCAUCACUGUGAUAGUGGUCCUCUGUGCGCUGCUGUUUGUGGUGUGUUUCCUGGCGGUGCGGCACAGGAGGAAACGCAACAACAAAAUUGUGAUGCCUGGACGUCCGAAAGAAGAGAAAAACAAGGGGGAGGAAGACGGCAGAUCGAAUCGCAAUGAGUCUGCAGGGAAUUCUGAGAACAGAGACCCAGAGCUGGCUGGCACGAGGAGGCCUCUUACUGGAGUCAGAGCUAAGUCGGCUAAUGCUAUUCUCUUCAUGUCUCCUUUUUGUGUGACUGAGAAAGAUCAAGUGACUGUAUCCAACAAGACACGUGCUCAAUCAAAAGACACAGAAAACCAAGCAGAUGAGAAGCAGAAAGUGGAAAAUGAAACGGAAGCAACAGGAGGAAUUCAGAGAGAAAAUAUCACAAACAUUACAGGUGUAACUGAGAGAGAUGAGAAAGGAGCUGGUGAAAACCCUCACUGUGUUUCUGUCAGCACUGACACCGUGCCUUAUCUGAGCAUCGGCACCAGCCAGAGUAAAACGACCCCUGGUGAUCUCAACGAACAGCCCACUGACAGUUUGGGUCAAAGAUCACAGAUGGGAAGAGUCAUGGGGAGGAUCUCCACCUGGCCUCCGACUGCAAUCCAGUGGCAGGCGAGAUGUAGAAUGAAGGAGGAGGAGGAGGGAAAUGAAGCUGAGAAGUCCCCAGCUGAAGUGAAGAAGACUCCAAAGAAAGUGGAGCAUCCUUCUGUUUCUGACCAGGACAGAAAGGAAGGUGAAAUAGAGAAAAAUCAAAUGGAAGAUUUGCCCACCGCUCCGAUCCAAGAUCUCCUAAACAUGAGACCCGCUCAGUCCUCAAACCUUAAUGGCAAGACCACAUCUUUGAGUGAGGCUCAUGGCGUCGCUGACAUAAAGCAAGAGGACCCAGCCACAGCCCGGAGACAGACAAUUACAACAACCCAGAGUCUGAAUCAGGGAAAACUCAAUCAAGACCUCAGACCUGCAGAAAAUCCUGCACACGAGAGCAGCAGCAGCAAGGCAGAGACGAGACACGAACCGAAGAGAACUGAGUCGAGCAGACAGAGGGCGGACAACAGAAGCACCGGCUCGAAGGCUCCCUCCGGUGGUGCCUCGCCGGACGACGAGACGCUGCUGCAGGGUAACAGGUACGCCUUCAUGGACCUGCUGCAUGAGGUCGUGCAGAACAACGGCCGCUGGACCAGAGAGAGGUGGAAGCAGACACAUGUCAACAAGCAGCGGCGUUAGGAAUGAGAGGUACGGAACAAGUUUGAAAAGUUAUUCACUGAAAGUUUAAAGUUUUGUUCACAUACAGUUUCGUAGCUUUAUUCAGGCACUGUUUAGGUUUAGUAAAUGUUUUUUUCUAACUGUUAUAUCGAGUUACACUGGCACCUUCGGUUCGUGUAUGGAUUGAACAAGAUGUCAUUUGGUAAUUACUGAGUUUUAGGUGUUAGUAACUGUCUCUCUGUUUCCUAUUUUUAUGCUAAACUAACUGGAUGUAUAGUGAUAAAGUGGCCUCAAUCCUCUCAUGCAACUCUCAGCGAGAAAGCGAAUUUCCCGAAAUGUCAAACUAUUCCUUUAGUUGACAAACUGGCACACAGAUAAAAUGAAUAAUAAAUAAUAAUAUAUAAUAUAUAUAAUAGCUAAA